AUGGGUAACUUUGUUGCUCUCUGUAGAGGAAACUGUGCUUCUUGCCUCAGUAUCUCCACAAGACAGCAGGGUAAAGUCUUGCAGAUUGUGAAGCUUGAUGGGAAGAUAGCAGAGCUCACCACCCCGGUUCUAGUUAAAGACUUAUCGACAAACUUGGGAGGCUCGGGGAUCAGCCUAUCAAAGGGAGAUGGGAAGCGGCUUCCGCCGAAUCACAAGCUGAAACUGGGGAAGGUUUACUAUGUUCUUCCUGCUGCUGCUACAAUUGGCCCAGAGAGAGUUCCAUCUCCAGUUGGCCAGUCAGAACAGAGUGAUGGUGUGAAGAAGAGGAUAAAGAUGGUCAUCACAAAGCAACAGCUUCAACAGCUUUUGUCAAAGAGUGUUUCUGUUGAGGAGGUUUUGGCAGGAAUCGAGAAAGGAGAUCGCCACGACCGGGGUCUUGAUUCUCCUAGAAACUGGAGGCCUCAGCUCGAUUCUAUCCCCGAAGGUAAUGAUUGA